AUGAACGAGGAGAACCUCGAUCUUUUGAUUGAAGAGCUGGAAGCAGAAGAUGGGAAGGAGAAAGAUCCCGAGGUCCUCACGAUCAACACCGGCACCGGCCCCGAGCGAAAGGCCGUUACGGCACUGCUGCAAACAGACCCUCUUCAAGGCCUCGGCGAAUCCGAAGUCAUUAUUGCUCGACGCAAGUAUGGAUGGAACCGGCUGAAGGAGCAGAAAAAGAACCACCUCGUCAAGUUUCUCAAGCUCUUUUUCGGCCCUGUUCAGUUCGUCAUGGAGGCUGCAGUACUGCUAGCAGCUGGUUUGAAUGCCUGGGUUGACUUCGGUGUCAUCAUCGGACUUCUUUUCUUGAACGCAAUCGUCAGCUUCGUUCAAGAAUACCAAGCGGGAAACAUCGUCGACGCCCUCAAGAAGACGUUGGCACUGAAGGCGAUCGUGAUGCGAAAUGGGGUGAAAGUUGAGCUCCCAGCGGAGGACCUCGUUCCGGGCGAUGUUAUUUUUCUGGACGAUGGCACAAUCAUUCCAGCUGACGGUGUUAUCGUCUCCCCUGACGCCCAUGUUCAGGUUGACCAGUCUUCGAUCACCGGAGAAUCCCUUGCUGUGGACAAGCACACUGGGGACGGUUGCUUUUCAUCAUCGGCUGUAAAGCGUGGAGAAGCCAUUAUGAUCGCGACUACGACUGGUGACAAUACCUUUGUCGGACACGCUGCUGCGCUAUCCAGUAAGACCGACGGCGUGGGCCAUUUCACCCAGGUUCUUGACCAGAUCAGUUCGAUUCUCUUGGUGCUGAUCUGCCUUACCCUAUUGGUUGUGUGGAUCGCGGCUUACUAUCAAUCGGACGACAUGAAAACCAUCUUGGAGUUCACACUGGCCAUUUCCGUUGUGGGAGUACCUGUCGGCCUCCCAGCCGUUGUCACUACUACCAUGGCCGUGGGGGCUAGCUAUCUGGCGCAAAGAUCUGCGAUUAUCCAAAAGCUUUCCGCAAUCGAAUCUCUUGCUGGUGCCGAUAUUCUAUGCUCUGACAAGACCGGAACGCUCACUCGCAACAAAUUGACCCUGGGAGAGCCGUUUACAGUCGCCGGUAUCACGGAAGAUGAUCUUGUGAUGACGGCUUGUCUCGCCGCAACCCGCAAAAGAGGCGGGAUUGAUGCUAUUGAUCGAGUCUUUAUCAAGGGUCUGAAGAGAUACCCAGAGGCCAAGAAGCAACUCACGUCGUUCAAAACAAUCGAGUUCUAUCCAUUCGACCCUGUAUCGAAGAAGGUAACCGCAGUGGUGGAAUCCCCCGACGGCGAGAGAAUGACUUGUGUGAAAGGUGCUCCCAUUGCAGUGCUUCGGGCCGUCAAAGAUGACCACCCCGUCCCGGAAGAUGUAGAGGCUGCAUACCUAGAGAAGGUCACUGAGUUCGCAGGACGUGGAUUCAGAUCACUGGGGGUUGCCCGGAAGCGUGACUCUCAGCAAUGGGAGGUUUUGGGUAUUAUGCCCUGCUCAGACCCCCCUCGUUACGAUACUGCGAAGACUAUUGCCGAGGCCAAAAGCCUAGGGCUUCAGAUUAAAAUGCUCACUGGUGAUGCUGUGGGGAUCGCAAAGGAGACCGCGCGCCAAUUAGGUCUGGGCACCAACAUCUACAACGCGGAGCGCCUCGGGGUUACAGGGGCUGGAGAGAUGUCGGGAUCGGAGGUCAACGAUUUCGUUGAGAAUGCCGAUGGAUUCGCUGAGGUAUUUCCUCAACACAAGCAUAGUGUUGUGGAGAUCCUCCAGAGCCGAGGUCAUCUGGUAGCUAUGACGGGAGAUGGUGUCAACGACGCUCCUUCUCUGAAGAGAGCCGACACUGGAAUUGCAGUUGAAGGCGCCUCAGAUGCUGCACGCUCCGCUGCAGAUAUCGUGUUUGUUCAGCCGGGUCUGUCGGCUAUCAUAGACGCAAUCAAAACUUCUCGCCAAAUAUUCCAUCGGAUGUACGCAUACGUGAUCUAUCGCAUUGCUCUCUCUCAGCACCUGAUGUGGUUUUUCGGACUGUGGAUUGUGAUCCGGAAUGAAGUGCUCGACUUGCGCUUCGUGGCUCUGAUCGCCAUUUUUGCCGACAUUGCAACCCUUGCCAUUGCCUACGACCGCGCACCCUAUGCGUUUAGCCCUGUGAACUGGAAUCAACCCAAACUGUGGGGGAUCUCGGUCAUCCUGGGAGGAAUUCUAGCCGGAGGAACAUGGAUUGCUUUCGGUACUAUGCUGCUUCGAGGCGAGUCGGCAGGCAUCAGCCAAAACUACGGAGCCCGUGACCCAGUGCUGUUCCUUGAGAUCAGCCUCACACAAAACUGGCUGAUCUUUAUUACUCGGCAAAGCGACGGUCCUUUCUGGCCAAACCGGCCCUCCCUGCAGCUUUUUCUUGCUGUGCUCGCCGUUGAUGUCACUGCGACCUUGAUGGUUGCUUUCGGUGCAUUCGGACUUCAAAAUCUGCAUGUUGUCACGAUCGUUCGCGUUUGGGCCUUUUCAUUCGGUGUCGAACUAGUCUGUGCCUUGGUGUACAUUGCCUUGACGAAAUCAGAUACAUUUGACAACAUCAUGCAUGGUCGCCUACCGGGAACCCGACACCGAGAGAGAUCGUGGGAGGAUUUUGGUAAGUUGAUUACCCUUUGA